AGCCCAUGACGCGAGAUAUCCCAGUGGAGACACUCGCCAGAUUCGAGAAGGACGUGAAGCGAACCAACACCGGGUUCCUGGCGAUAGCAACAGAGGUGGAGAACGACGGAGAGAAAUCCUCGGAACCUCCAGAAAAAAUCAAGGACUUACUGAAGGAGUUCCAAGACAUUCUUCCCGACGACCUCCCGGACGAGCUACCGCCAUUCCGAACGCACCAACACGAGAUCGUGGAGGAACCAGGUUCGAAACCGACCUUCCGAGCACCAUAUCAGCUAAGCCCCACAGAACUAGUGGAUAUGAAGAAGCAGAUCAAGUAUCUCUUCGCCAAAGGACUCAUCCGACCAUCCACUUCGCCAUACGGUGCCCCAGUACUCUUCACACCGAAACCGGACGGAAGCCUGCGCAUGUGCAUCGACUACCGAGCUCUCAACAAGCAGACCAUCAAGAAUAAAUAUCCGAUACCGCGAAUCGAUGACCUGCUUGACCAGUUUCGGGGAGCUACGGUAUUUUCCAAACUGGAUCUGCGGUCGGGAUACUGGCAGAUACGGAUGGCGGAUAACUCUAUCCACAAAACAGCUUUCCGAACUCGGUACGGAUCGUACGAGUAUUUGGUAAUGCCGCUCGGACUCACCAAUGCACCGGCAACGUUUCAAGCUGAAAUGAACCACAUUCUACGACCACUUUUGGACGAGUGUGUGGUGGUGUACCUGGACGACAUCCUCAUCUACUCGCGUGACAUGAAGCAGCACAUCGAGCACCUACGACGCGUCUUCGAAAUUCUUCGACGAGAACGGUUCUACGUCAAACUGUCCAAGAGCGAAUUCGCCCUUGAGAAGGUCCAAUUCCUAGGACACCUGGUGAGCGCUCAAGGAGUUCACGUCGACCCCAAGAAAAUCGAAGCCAUACGCUUCGCUAAUUAUUACAACAGGUUCGUGCCACAAUAUGCGAAACUUGCAGCACCCCUCACGAAUCUGCUGAAGAAAAACACGCCCUAUAAAUGGGAACCAAAGCACCAGGAAGCCGUGGAGCAGCUGAAACAAGCACUCACGUCCGCACCGGUACUCAUCUUGCCAGAUCCCGAACGCGACUACGUAAUCGAAGCUGACGCCAGCGACCAGGCAGUGGGAGCAGUCUUGAUGCAAGACCAGGGGAAUGGACUGCAACCAAUCGCCUACCUCAGCAACAAACUACAUGGAGCAGAACUAAACUACCCGAUACACGACAAAGAGGCCCUUGCAAUCGUCAUCGCCUUCAAAGCGUGGAGAUGUUAUCUCGAAGGACGAAGAACAACCGUCUACACUGACCACUGCAGCCUGAAAUACUUGAAGACACAACCCAACCUUUCCAGGCAGCAGGUCCGGUGGAUCGACUUCCUCGAGACACACUUCCACUACGACAUCGUGUACAAGCCAGGCCACAAAAACAAAGCAGACGCUCUUAGCCGGCCUGCACACCUAUUGGCACCCCUUCCGAAGAAGAGAAGGAAGAACAUGAGACAGGUGGUAACAGCGGCAGCGGCAGAGGCGGUCUUGGUGGUGGUGGCGGUGGCGGUGGCGGUGGCGGUGGCGGUGGCGGUGGCGGUGGCGGUGGCGGUGGCGGUGGCGGUGGCGGUGGCGGUGGCGGUGGCGGUGGCGGUGGCGGUGGCGGUGGCGGUGGCGGUGGCGGUGGCGGUGGCGGUGGCGGUGGCGGUGGCGGUGGCGGUGGCAGUGGCGGUGGUGGCGGUGGCGGUGGUGGCGGUGGUGGCGGUGGUGGUGGAUGUGGUGAUGGUGGCGGCGGCGAUGGCGAUGGCGGCGGCGGCGGUGGGAACAGCAGUGAAGGGGCUGCAAGAAUGGUUGCGGCAGCAGCAACAACAACAGGAAGAGCAACAGCAACAGCAACAGCAACAGCAGCAGCAGCAGCAACAACAGCAGCAACGGCAGCAGCAACAGCAGCAACGGCAGCAGCAACAGCAACGGCAACGGCAACAGCAACAGCAGCAACAGCUUCUGGAGCAGCACUGGAAACAAGAGAGAGAAAGGCUGCAACAGCAGAUCGUAGGUCGUACCAAUCGAAGGACCUCUUCCCGCCAUGUGUCCCAUCCAUGGUCUGUUAUCACUUCCCCCUCAAUGGCGUCUCCUAAGCUCGAAGCCGACAUGUGCUCACCCCGCGACAACGCUCCGCGUCACUCGCUGAAGCGAGUAAAAAAGCUCAGCAGCAACAGCACCACUAUCACCGCCACCACUACUACCACCAUUUCCCUCCCUGCUAGCGCUCCUGCUCCUGCUGCAGCGACCGCCACUACUGCCACCCCGGAUCCCAGAUCCGAUGCUGCAGAUCCGGAUUCUCCCGCCAUCCACGUGGCGCAUCGGCCCGUGAUCACCGCGGAGCCAUCGGCGGGUAUGGCAGGCGCCGAGGCUGACGAUUAUGAGCGGUCUCUCGUCCCGGCCGCCUCAACUGGCUCCAGGAAGAGGAACCACCGCCGGUUUAUCUGCUCCGAUGAGCUCGCUCCGUCCGAGGAUGCGUCCGGCUCGCCUGGUGGUCGCCCGGUGAUUGGCGGAAGGGAUGCCGGCGAUCGGUGUGCUGGGGGAGCGCAGCCCGCUGCAGAAACGGCAGGUUCAGCAGGCCCAGCAGGCUCAGCAGGAAGAGCAGGAGGAGCAGGAGGAGAAGGAACGACGGAGACGUUAGAAGCGGUAGAAGCUGCCGAAGUUGCGGCCCGCGGGGGUGAUAGAUCUGGGGAAUUGCACGCCGCUGUGACGGAGGCUGCUGCGACGGGGGCUGCUGCGACGGAAGCUGCUGCUACGGAUGCCGCUGCGACGAAGGCCACGGCGACGGAGGCUGCUGCGACGGAGGCUGUUGCAGGUGGGGAGAUGAGUGGAGGGGGCGAUUCAAGUCGUCUUCCUGCGGGAGGCGAGGGCUCGGGUCCGGCUGGCGUGAUGGAGGAAGUCCAUCGGGACCGCUCCUCCGAUGACGCUUGUUCCGGCGUGGGGCGAGCAGGGAAGCGAGGAAAGCAGGAGGGGUGUGAUGCGCUAGGCGAAGGCCGAGGGUCAGGUGCAGUGGGCGGCGAUGCAGGAGAGGACAUGGAGGAGGGGGAGGCGAGGGAGGAAGGGGAGGCGAGGGAGGAAGGGGAGGAAAGAGAGGAAGGGGAGACGGUCGUUUGGGCAGGAGAAGUGGUGGGAGAGGGAUCGGCGAAGGAGGGGGGAGAUGCCCUGAUGGCGGAGUCAUCCGACGGAGGGGAAGGCGGGGCAGGGGAAGGCGCGACUGGGGACAGUGACUCGGGUGAAGCAGAGCGACGAGCACAGGGAGGCAAACUAGAUGGUCAGGGAUCGCCGGGUGAAGAGCAGCAGGCGGAUCAGGGGGGGGAACGACGGGGGAACGAGGAGGCGGGACGUGGGUUUGGGGAGGCACAUGAGGGUUACGAGGAGCGGCGGGGGUUGGAGGGGCAAGGGGAGGAUGCGGAGCAGAUGCUUGAGGAGGGGCGAGUGCGCGAAACCAUCGAUCUGAGUGGGGAUGAGGACGAUGACGUGCAGGUUCUCUCUCCUGAUCCGCACAGUGGGCGCAGAGCAGCAAGAAUUUCCUCGGGCGGUGUCAGUGUGCGUCGUUUCUUCAGGCUCUCGUCCUCCUCCGCGCCUGCAGCAGCAGCCAGCGCUCCUCAGCAUUCUCGGCGGGUGACUCGACAGGCUGCGGCCUCUGCUGCUGGUGUCGCACCAGCGUCUGCUGCCACUGCUGCACAGGCGGUUGGCGUUCGUGAGAGGAGAAGGGGGGGGAGAGAGCGUGGGGUGCCAGAUGCUGCUGCUGCUGCUGCUGCUGCUGCUGGCGUGCAUGGGAGGGAGGAGGUUGCAGUCUCAGUGGUGGAUGAUGAGGACGAUGACUGUCAGAUCGUAUCACCACCUCAGCCGCGGAAUCGCCCCCUAGCACCAGAAGGGCUGGCUGCACAGCAAGCCAGGCACGUGCACGUGCAUGUGCAUGCCCCCCAUGCGAGGGGCCGUGAGGGCAGGGCUCUCAGGCACGCAGGCCGUGAGGCAAGGGCUCAGCAAGAGCAGAGGCAGAGCACUGGCAGCCGCGAGGCAAGAGCUGCCGUGCGGGUGAGCGGUGAAGCAAGGAGUGCUCAUGAGCUGGCGAGCCGUCAACCCAGGAUUCCAACAGCCAGGGGUGAGAACGAGCAGGCGAGUCGGGAAACGCAGGCGCAUAACGAGCAGAGGCAGACGGAGGUGGUCGACUUAGAUGCAGAAGCUGAGGCAGGGGCAGGGGCAGGGGCAGGGGUAGAGGUAGUGUCAGAGUCCCCUGAAGUGGUGCUGGUGCGUUUUUCCAGUAGCAGCUCCCAUGCUGCUGCCAGGCACAGGGCCAGGCUGACAGGCAGUGCAGCAGGGGUGGGGAGGCGGCUGGAUUGGAGCAGCAGGAGCGCGGGCGGUGGUGGUACUUCAGCGGGCUUGGGUGCAAGUGGAGGGGUGAUGCGGGUUCCGGUCCCAAUGGCUGCUGCGUUUUCUAGAGGGGGGGGUGGGAGAGGUGGAAGCGGAGGGUGGCAGGGGGAGGGACUAGAGGGCAUUGGAAGAGCAGCAGCAGCAUCAGCAUCAGCGUCAGCAGCAGCAGCAGCAGCAGCAGCAGUAGCACCAGCAGGGGGAGGGGGAGGGAGUCCAGGGGGGGGAAUGCACCUGACAUGCUCUGUGUGCCUGGAUGAUAUGAGUGAGGAGACCGUGACGUCAUGUGGGCAUGUGUUCUGCCGGGGAUGCAUUACGAUGGCUAUCAAUCAGACUAGACAGUGCCCCAUGUGCCGUAAGAAGCUGAACGUGCGCCAAAUCCGGCCGAUUUUUCUGCGUAGCGCCAUGCGGUGAAGGAGUGUAUGUUGUGUGGAGGUACAGUGCACGUGGUGUGUUGUGAAGGUGUACAUCUCGUAUAGCGCGGUUCAAUGUGGAUGCUAUUCGGUUAUGAUUGCAUUUUCAGUAAAAAAUCCAAGAGGUU